GAAUGUCGUUUACUUGUUGCAUUUUAUUGUAAGCACAAAUUUUUAGAACAAGAGUACCUAUUGUUAUUCAGGGAUCUUACGACAUGUAUAAGGAGUCGUAUUGGUUCACAUGUAUUUAAUGUUGUCGUGACAUCCCAGAUGAUGAAUAGGUACUCAGAAGAACAUAGUCAUUAAGUGGUCGGUACGAAGGCAUGUUAUAAGAUGGUUGAUCGUCGAGAUAUUAGUGGGAGCACUAUCGCAAUGGAAUAUGACUAAGGAGACAUUUCGUGAGGCCUGCGAAGAAUUUACAAAAAUAAAGAAACGCAACCAAUAACCAAUCAACACGGAUAAGGGGCGGCGAUGGGUGAGUCAUCGGAGGAUUUCUCAGUGGUGGUUUUGGCGUCGGACCUCGGCGUCGACGCGCGACCCUUCCUUGAACAUCAACAGCAGCAAGAAGAAGAGAAUUGGCAUGACUGUUCUCAGUAUCUCUUCCCUGAUGAAGAUUUCUCUGAUCUCGAUCAGUUGCAAUUCCUCCUCUUCCAAGGCACCGACAAAAAUUCCAAUCGCAUUCUCCGCAUCGUCGGCAAGUACUUCCCGGCAACUGUUGUAAGCGCAGAGAGACUGAAGAGAUAUGUGUUUCACAAGAUCUGCAGCGAGUUGCCGGAUGAGCCAUUCUGUAUUGUUUACAUGCACACCACCGUUCAGAAAGAGGAUAAUUCCCCUGGUAUAACGAUCUUAAGGUGGAUUUAUGAAGAGCUUCCUUCUAAUUUCAAGGACAGGCUUCAAAUUGUGUAUUUCAUCCACCCUGGCCUUUGGUCCUGGCUAGUCAUUGCUACUGUUGGCCGCCUCUUCUUGAGUGGAGGAUUAUAUUGGAAGAUCAAGUAUGUAAGCCGGCUUCAGUACCUCUGGGAUGAUAUAAAGAAAGGAGAGAUUGAAAUACCGGCUUUUGUGAAAAAUCAUGAUGAUAUUCUUGAGCAUAGACCACUCACAGAUUAUGGUAUUGAACCUGAUCCCUUUCACUUGACUGGGAUACCUUCAUCUACCUACUCAUUUGGAAAGUACGAGGAGAGAUGGGCGGGAAGGGAUUAUGUGUCUUAGUAUGUGUAUUGCCUCGUUUCAUGAGAUGAACCUGAACCUUUGUACAUAAUGACUGGGGUAUUUGUAUUUCUUACACUCAUCUUUGAGUUUCUUUGUUUUUGGUAGUGGAAUUAAACCUGGCUAUGUACGAAUAGAAUUACAUGUUUUCUAUGCCACAAGAAAUGUAUUUUUGUAGAUUAAUCUACAGAAUAAUUCCUUGUUCAUAUGUUGCGAUACUUUUGAAUGAAUUGCUCCCCAUAUGGUAUUA